AUGUCCGAUCGUCCGAUCACUUUCGAUCAAAUGAUGGAAGUUCUUCAAGAGGAGGUGAGAGGUGUACGAAAUGAGGAUGGAUCCAUUCAAAACGAGGUUUCCAUGAAGAAUCGAGCCGCACAAAUUCUCAAGGGCUAUGACGCUGCCGAGGGCGGUUGGAGGAAAUAUGAGUUCUGGGAUCCAAAAAGAAUGAAGUACUAUCGCAACUUGGUGGCUCGAUGGCCGGGCUGUCAGGCAAUCAUUCUCUGCUGGCCGGAGGGAAUCAUUUCACCAAUCCACGAUCAUUCCAACUCGAGUUGUUUCGUCAAAGUUUUUCAAGGAAAACUUUUGGAGACUCGCUACAAAAUGCCUACGAGAAUUUUGGACGAAUCCGAGAAGACCACGGUGGCCGAUCGGUGUCGAAUGGAGGAAAUCGGGAAAACUGAAUAUGCUUUGAAUGACGUCAGUUAUAUGACUGAUGAGCAAGGUCUCCACUCAAUGCACAAUCCAUCUCAUUCUGAGGGAGCCAUCUCGCUUCAUCUCUAUUUCCCUUCAUUCACGCAUUGUCGGUGUUUUAAUGAGGAAACCUCAUUGAGCCACGAGGGAGAGAUGCUUUUCCACACCGAGCAAGGCCAGAAGACAAAGCACUUUGGAGCUCAA